CCUCCCCGCCCUCCUCCUUCCUCUUCCUCCUGCCGGCUGAGGGCCGCUCCAAGGCCGGCGCAGAGAGACAGAGGCAGAGAGAGGCGGGUGGGCGGACCCGCAGGGCCAGCCGGGCCUGGCCUGGAUCCCCAGCCGCCGAGUCGAGGGCCGCCCGGCGGUCCCGCCCCCGGCCCGGAGGAGCCCUCCCCGAAGGCAGGCAGGCAGGCAGGCAGGCGGCGCCUGUCCCUCUCGCGCCCUCUGCGGGGACCCCGGCGCCGGCACGCCAGCCAGCCAGCCACCCGGGCCCCCUUUCCUCGCUGGCUCGGAGCAGGACGGGGGAGCAGCUUGCCUGAACACCAGUACGUUAGACGGCCUCGUUGUUACCUGCUAGGAUGUUUCUUAUGAACACCCCUCCUUUGGUGGCCCUUCAGAGGAAAUGGGAGCCCUUCGCCCAGUCGAGGAGCUGCAGGUACCCUGUCUGCUUCUCGGAAUCUGAAGAUGACAUCGCUAGGACGGCCGUAAGUGCCAAAGUUCAGAUGAUCAUAAACAACCUGCAAAGCGAAGAGGCGUCCUUGGGCUCCAGCUGCAGCGAAUAUGGCUGCAUCGUGCAGAAAAAGCAGAAGGAAGUUAAAGCUAGCAGUGCCAAACUUAGGACCAGCGGCAGGAUGCUGCAAGGACGCAUCAAAUACGCCCAGUGUAACUGCCCUGCCGACUCUGAUGGUAUGGAAGUGGAAGAUGCCUCGGAGUUUGGGCCCCUCUUGUUGCAUUCUGAUAGUGACGAUUCUGUUGAUCGAGACAUAGAAGAAGCUAUUCAAGAGUACCUGAAAAACAAAGGCCAAAGUGUUCAGUCACUGCCGAGUGACGCCAAGAGUGUGCACGGUCCAGUUGGAGGUGAGACUGUCCAAGAGGGGCUUCCUUCUCAUGAUGCAGCUUGUAGUUUAUUUCCUGCGGAUGUUGAGGCUGAUGCAGUUCAGCAGCAACUUGCUCCUGAUUCCUUUGGAGGAGAGGACAUCUCCUCCCCUUGCAGUGUGAGCAGCGAUGACUCUUUUGAACAGAGCAUAAAAGCUGAGAUAGAGCAGUUCUUGAGUGAGAAGAAACAGCAGGCGGACAAGAAGAGUCGAACUGGAGGGAAUAACCAACUUGAUCAGAAGGAAACACAAGAGAAGUUGGCAGCUAGGAGCCGGAGAGAAGGGGCAACCAGGGGACGCCAAAGUUCUUUGAAGCGAGGGGGGAAGGUGCUCUUCCUAAGGCGGCAUCCUGAACUGCAAGGCGCCAGCGCUCCUUCAAAGACCAAUGAAGAACUUUCUGACUUCAAAACAACAAGCCAAUCGCCCUUGAAAACACCGUUGGCUGGCCGUUCAGCCUCACUGGAACCAAGCAAAGCAGGUGAACAAAAGCAAACAUUUUGGAAAGUCGGAGGAGAGCACAGACUUCAGAGGGCAGAGAUGUCUGAUUCAAGUAGCGACGAUGGCAUCGAAGAAGCUAUUCAGCUCUACCAGCUCGAGAAAACCAGGAAAGCAGCAGGCCCCCAAACAGGCCAUGUUGCUAUUCCAAAGGAAGAGUUCAGGGCUGGUGGGAUAGAAGAUAUUUCUGCAAGCCUGACAACCCAUUCGGUGAAAAGUGCCUUGCCAGGAAUCCCUAGGAAAGCUCUAAGCAGCAAGAGGAAGCAAGUCUGCUCAAAGCCAGCAGAAUUAAAUAAGCCUGGUGCCCUUCGCAACAAGCCAGCGAAAGCCAGUAGUCGCUUCUCUCCAGGAGAGGACUUUGCCCAGCGCGCCAUCGCCUUCCAGGCUUCUUGCCGAGUGGACACUGCUGCUGAGCUGAUGUGUGCAGAAGCUAUCCUGGACAUCUCCAAGACCAUCCUACCUCCCCCUAUGGGAAGCGACAACAGCAGAUCCUUUGCCACAAAUCCAUUAUUCUGCUCCCAGAAUGUGCCGCCUUCCCAACAAGAAAGUGACAGCAAUGCUGUGGACAGCGAUGACAGCAUUGAGCAAGAAAUCAGAGCUUUUUUGGCUGUCAAAGCACAAAUAGGACAGCUGGUUACGAAACCUGAAAGGGCCUCGCAUGCUGUCCAAGCUCCUCCCUCCUCUGGACCACCUGAUGGGCAGACUGCGAGCUCCAAGCGUGUCCCCCCCAAACCAUUGAAAUCGUUACUGAGUCACAGAAGGAAACUCAAGGGGGGAAACAAAAUAGCCAGGCAGGGCCAAGACACACAACUGAUGCUGUCAGAUGCAUCCCAAGGGGAAGGUGGUGUGAGCAGACUGGAAAGUAGUGACACUGGAGGGGCAACUGGGUGCCAACAAGACACUCUAGUUGCUGUUGGUUCAAUAGAUUUUGGAAAGCCUUUGUCAAAAGGGCUGCUUGGCACUGGAGAACUUGUGAAAAACGCAACACGGGGUCAACAGAAGUAUGGCACAGGGGAUAAGAGCAGCUCCCUGGACAGCGAUGAGGAUCUGGACACAGCUAUCAAAGACCUCUUAAGGUCCAAACGGAAGUUAAAGAAGAAAUCCAAAGACCAAAGAAUUCUGUGCAAGAAGAAAGUCAGGUUUAGCGAGACAGAAAUGCACAUUUUUGAGGGUAGACAAAGAGACUGCAAACCCAACCCUCCCACCUUGCUAAAGAGUUGCCUCCUGAGCUCCAGAAGAGAUGGUGGGGAGGAGAAUAGAAUGAAAGGCCCUCGGAGCAUCGUCAAGGGGAAACCAAAAACUGCCAAGGCCGUACAGUUUGCAUUUGAAUUUAAAAAGGAACGCCACAUGAAACUGGUAUCUGGGCCAGAAAUCCAAGAGGAAGCCCAAAGCAACCAGUGUCUUUGGGCCGCCACAUCCUUGACUGAUGACAGCAGCUCUGUAGACAGUGAUGACAGCAUUGAGCAAGAAAUCCAGAGGUUCUUGGCAGAAAAGGCUAAAGACUCCACAAGCACCAUGGAGACUCCUGGAGCUGAUGAGAUUGUCGACACCCUGAGAGUUGAUAAACCCCAAGCAGCUGUAUCUAAGCCAAAGCAGCAGCUGUUCACGGGUGGAGGCGGUGCCUUAUCGGAACAGAGUGAAAAGGCAAAGGAGGCAGUCCCUCCAGUUAUGGACUUGAGAAGCUCUUCAAGGGCCGAAGGAAAUGCUUCUCCUCCCAGUGGCAAGCACACAGUAUUGUUUGCAGAGGCCCCAUGCGGCCAAGUUACAGCGAAGUCGCAGGCAAGCCGAGGCGUUGUGCAGACUACAAGGGCUGGCUUACCUGUAAAACGGACUGCAGGUCAGAGAAAGGUUGCCUGUGAUGGCAAGGUCGACCAGAGAAACCUUCCACCUGGGAAGGGAAGAGCCGAGACCUGUAAAUUGCAAAAUUAUUUUAAGCCUUUGUCUCCGUUCAAAAGGAGAAGCCCGUAUGAAUUCAAAAUUUCCAGCAAGUUUAUAGCAGGUCUCAAAAGCGCUCGGAGUAAGAAGUCUGUGCUUUUGGGGAAGAGGCAGAGCAAAGAACUGGCCUUGUUCAAAAAGCAGGGAGGCGUCUUGGCUGCAGAUUUGCUUGGCAAGAGGUGUGAAGCAAUUCUGCAAAAAAAGAUCCUAAGUUCUGGAUGUCAGGCAGGAGUAAGAGAGGCAGCUUUAUCCUUAGAAGGGGUGCAUCCCUGUGUAACGGAAAGACAUGAGAAAACACAGUUUGCCACUUCAUGUAUUGUAAGUCUAGCAAAAACUAAACCUUUGGAGCCUUGCUGUAGUGUGGACCCCAGCCAAUGUCCUCCCUUGCAGGGGCCCAACAUAGGUGAUGGCAGAGAGGUCAAAGUUAGCACAGGACUUUUGCGUGUUGAGAUCCCAGCUGGGGAAGAGGAAGGGAAAAUCCAGGUGUGCAGCACCUGUUGGGAGGAAUGUGCAGUCCCCAACAGCGCCUGUAGCUCACAGCUGAAAGAGAAAUCCUUGACGGACCAGGAUAGGAUAGCUCAUGAGCAAACGCAGAAAGUUUUAGAGAGAAGCUUUGCAGAAUUUACAGAUGUACCUGUAGUGGAUUGUGCACCCUGUCUGGUGAAAAGCAAGGCCUCCAGUUUCUCCUUAAAUACCUCCAUUGAUCCAGGAUGGACAGUUUUGCCUUGCAUCGCUUUGUCGCCGGUGCAGCUGUACGGAGGUCCUUGGCAAGAAACCAGAAGCUGCUUGGAGGUCCAGGAUGGGAGCGGCCAGUGCAGCAGCAGGAGCAGCACCGACAUCAGGCCCACCAUGACAACUGGAGGAAAAAAACAGCCAGAAAAGAAGGAACAUAAACUGAUGUAGCAACAGUUACGUAGUUCCUGAAGAUGUGCCCUGUGCCACCUUAGAAGAAAACGAGAGUGGGGGAAACCAGAGGGUGACUGUUCUAAUGUUCUGUGCCAUCAGAAAUAACUCCAGACAAGGUCGCUGUCUCUGCCCUUGCCAACACAAUUCAGCCAGGUAUUCCUGCGCUUGAGGAAAUCGCGUCUCAAACACCAAAGGAUGCACCCUAGCAGCUUCCUUGCCAGAAAGUUGUCGGAUACCGUCCCAAAAGAUUUAAAUGUAUGUAUGGUUCCGUUUGGCACUUCUCUUAAUCGCAUCGUUCAUUCCUGAUUUUUGUUAAGAAUUGUUCUCCUUUCCAUUUCUUACAAUGCUCUGUAUUUUAAUUAUUCUCGGUUUUGUAAACAUGUAUAAACCCCCUCUAAAGUUUAAAUCCUGAAACCUAGGCAAAGCCCAUCCAAACAUUCUGGAAUGAGUGCAACCCUCGUUUGCUGUAAUGGAAAUGUUGUGUGAGAUUGUUGCAAUGCUAGUUGCAUCAUUCUUGUUUUACAAUGGGCCGGUGGGAGCACCUGAGCAAGGCUGGCUGGUCCCCAGGAUGGUGGAGAAAGCCUACCACAAAGAUCCAGCAGUCCCCAUCUGAAUCACCUUGCUCUGCUUCUCCAGUGCUUGGGAGAAGAGCAGAACGGGUGGAUCUGUGGAUCACGGAAGUGAGUAAGCCACACUCUCGCUGGGAGGAGUCUGUCCUGCCAAGGGGAAGGCCGUUGCAAGGGUUUUUUUGUCGGGGGGGGGCAUUAUAUAUUGUGUUGUUGGCUCUGCUCCUUGUGAGUGUUUCUUGAGCAAAUAGUGGGAAAUGUUUUCAUCCAGU